AUGGCACCUUUGCUUGCAACUUUGGUUCUCCGCGACUCUCAUUUGAAUCCGCUUGCGACUUCACACGAAUUCAAGAAUCAAUGGAUCAACCCUGGCGACGUCUUCAGCGUCCUACUCAUUCUGGGUGGUGAUGUUGUCGCUCGCGCGCUGGCGCAACUCGCGGGUAGUGGGCUCACGCCUGUCACAUUCUCAUUUGGAUGGGUGGCUUAUUCCGUCUCCGCGCUGGUCUCGGCCGUUGGCGAGAACAGACUUAUGCCACAGGACCCGGAUUGCAAAUGCAAAGUCAUCAACGCCAGAAGUGGGCACACUAGGGACAAUUCGAGUUGGAUUAUAGGCAGAAUCGUACGGGAUUUUGAUUCAUGGAGCGAUGUGGCCACCAAGAAGAGGACCGCAGAACUCUUGGACAAGAGAUGGGCUGAGAUGAAAGCCGAGAAUCCGGAUGCACAGAAGCCAACUAAAGUUGGCCUAGUGGUAACCAUAUACAAACCGAGUGGCAAAAGACCUCCCGGCGUGGCCCGGCGCGACUUCGUCUACUGGAGCGGCCUGUUCGUCAUGUUGGUGCAGCUGGGAAUUGCAGCCAUACCUUGUGGUGUUUUUGGCGACUGGGGGGUUUUGAUGAUAACGCUUUGCGGCAACGCUCUGGCGGUUACGACAGGCCUUCUUCCCCAGUGGCAGAAGGAAAAAUGGGCAUGCCGCAGGUCGUCCAGCGACACCUAUGUUCUUUCCAGAGGAAACGGCGCCCAACAUGCCAUCGUCGUCCUAGGUAAUAAACAGGGUUUGAACCUUGAGGAUCUGGCAUCUGGACAGAGUAAUAUUGACGCCUCUACUGAUAUUCUCACCCGAGCUACUCUUCUAAUCCUCUCUACCCUCUGGGUGCUCCUCCUCAUCACCGCGGCAGGGAUACAGUCGAACACCUGGUUCCUUCUCGCCGUUGGUGGUAUUGGCAUUGUUCAGAAUGUCUUCGUUGCCGGUUGGAACAGACGACCGGAGAAUUUUGGUAUUCCUCUCGACUAUGUCAAUGUAUUCGGUCAGAAAAAGGUUAUGGACACCCUGCUCGAUGUCGAAAAGAGCUACCCGGGUUUAGGUCAGAGUAUGCGCGACGAAUUCUUCCCUGGGAAGCUCCAUCCGGAGGAAGUCGAGAGGUGGGAACGGGUCCAGACAAAUGAUGGAGUUAAAAGGCCUCCGAGCUGA